AUCUCCCCUCCUCCCUGCUCUUCAACACAGACAAAUGAUAUUAUUAUAAUCAAAGUGGAUUCACUGCAAUGUUUUAAAAAAAUAUUUGUUUUAUUUACGUUUACCAAACUGCUGCUAUGUUUUGAACGGAUUAAUAUCAAGGAAUCUAACUGGGCUGUGACAAACAUGAAAAAUUGAUAGAUCGAAUUAUUUAAAAGCAAUUAUCGCAACAGAGGUAACCAGAUCGAUAUUGAACCGAAUAAGCAUUGGAGGUUUCAAAACGACAAAUUACACCGGCGUCGCAGGUAUUUCAGGAAGACUGGGGUAAAAAAAAAGGUAGAUUUAUUUGACGGGUCCCAGUCAUCCAGUCAGGACUUGUUGCUAUGGCAUCGGUGACGACAGACAACGUGACCAACUCACCGUCAAACGGCAGCUUGGUGGGUCCGGCGACACCAGUCGACAACUCACUAUGGGGACAGAUAGAGCAAUUCUAUUCCGACAAAAACAACAUGGCCAUGUACCUGGUCCUUCCGCUAAUUGUUCUUGUAUACGGCGGAUGCAGUUUGAUAUUUUGCAUCUACAAAUGCAUGGGAUAUUGUAAAAAGUCUAAGCGAAGGAAAGACCGCCAACUUCUAAUCAAAGAAAACCGAAGGAGAAGUAUCGUUACACAGCGCCAAGUGGAUAACCGCCCCCGCUCGACAGCAAGCAUCCACCCUGAAAUAACCCAGACCACCGAACAGAAAACCAGGACUACCCCACUACCAUGGGAGGUUCCUGAUAAUUCGGAGACAAAGGUGAAGCAAAUGGACGCAAGGUCUAAACAUGGAAACACAAUGCCCCAGAAAGGACCGAAAACGCACACCGGUAAAACCCCACCACCACCGUACCAAGAAGUAGAGGACGUUAUUUAUUUAAGCGGCCCGAAACAGCCGGGUUAUCCGACUUCCGGUUACCAGCCGAAGAAACAGGAGUACUCUCCCCUGGAACUUACCAAACAACUUCUGAGGAUCGGAGACGAAGAGAAAAACCUGAUGAGAGGUCGGAAGAAACGUCUUGUGUUUACUACAGAUUGAACCCGAACAGCUAAUAACACGAAAAUAUGAAUAAAUGUGAUAUGUACAAAGAUUCCUAAAGAAAACAAUGAAAUGUUAUUUUGUAUUAAUCAUUCAACGUCUAUUUAUAAUCUCUUAAGGAUAUACAACCCUCAGCAAUGUCCCAUAACUCAUUCAAUCCGUCAGGUUAAUACUUACAGUGAAAUCAUCAUGUUUGAUCAUUUGGAGAUAUACUUCUGUACAAUCAACAAAUUUUGCGCGGUUCAAAUGUUCGUGAUUUUCGUGACAAACACGAAUCUGGAUCCCUAAAAACUUUGCAAGCGCAAGCGGCAUGCACAAAAGUCAUCUGUUCUACAAGGAAAAAACCUUUCCUGAGUAUUUAUUCUGCUAUUGAUCUCUUGCCAUCUACAUGUAUAAGGGAGAAUACCUUAAAUAAAUUUACCAUUUUUAAAAUUAUUACCAUAAAUUCCAAGAUUUUGGUCAACUUAAAUAACCUCAAACAGAUAACUUUAAGAAAAAUUGUAAUUGACAAGCAGCAUGAAGCAAUCCUGUGAUUAUUUCUGUGUUGUCACAUUUUUAUUUCUUGUCAUAUUAUUCAUUUGUAAAUAUUUACCAUGCUCUAUUCUUGUUAUUCAGCUUGUCAGGGGAAGUACAUGCGAUAAAUGAUAAUAAGUGAUAACCACUUUCUCAAUUUACCAUUUAUUACAUGAAAAUAUCGUUUGUUUGUAAAUCUUCUGGAGACAUUUCGCAGUUUCGUCAACUUUAAAGAACUUAUAAGUUAUGAAAAUAAUUUAUGUUUAAAAGCGGCAGUAAGUUUUCCUUUAAUUGAUGUCUCCGGAAACAUGAGGAUAAAUGCUAAACACAAAUUGUGAUAUUCCUGUAACAAAAUCAACAAACCUGAAACUAACUGUUCUGGCUUUUUAACUUAAUAACUACCCUCACGAUGCAUGACGUCAAAGUCACUAAUUCCUUAACUCAAAGUAAAAAAGAUGUAAAUAUUAUAUGAGCUUUAGCAAAUGAAAUUGUGACAUUGACGGUGAAAUUGCCACAUUUCCGCUGCGCUCGAAGUUCACCGUCGUCAUAUUUCGAUCGUUAAAUCAAAGAAGUUUCCGGGCGUUGUUUACAAAACCAGAGCAGUCGAAUUGAUUUAUACCCGUGUUUUUUUAAUAUUGAAAACUCGUCUUAUCCUUUAUUUCAAGAUACAUAUAAACUCUGUAAUAUACUCUUCACAUCUCCGUUACCGUGUUUGACAAUUUCUCCUAUAUAGUUUUUAGAUCACAGAUCCUGGCUGGAAUGCAGUCUAGUCUUCUCAAGUGAAGAAUCCUCUAAUUUUCCAUUAGUGAUAACGAUUUCAAAAGAGAAUAAUAAAUCAUUAAUACAUGACAGUCUAUAUUUGGUACAGCAAAAGGGAGGAGAGGAUUUGAGAGACAUCGCAGUAGAGGUAGUUAUCUUUGUAAAAGUUACCUCCCUUGGCAGAAGGCCGUUGGAUUAUUGUCAAGCAUGUUUUCACAUAAAGAUCAUACAUCAUCAUAUUCUUUUUAUCGUGUUACUAUAAUUGUAUUCAUGUAACUAGAUGUGAUACAAUGUUCGUAAUCUUGAUUUAUCUUUGAUCUUGGUACUGUUGUUUUAAUAAAACAAUUAUUUUAU